UAUAUAUGUAUGCUAUAUAUACUAGACACCCAUGACCUGACUUUAUGCUGCCCUUCGUCCCUGUAGCAGCUGUGUAGAUCACAUUGUGACCGGACGACUGAGGAUGUCGUCGACUUUCGCCAUACAGAUAUUUAUGGCGUUUGUUCUCACCAAACGUGGACUUUCGUACAUAGUAGCCUCUGGAAAGGAACCAGCCUGCCUGUCAGUUAACUGUGGUAACGGUGGUACCAUUAACAAUGUCACGUGUCAAUGUCUGUGUAGUGCCAACUUCACGGGUCUGGAAUGUGAAACAGAAAUUGGCAGGUCUGCUUGGCCCGCUGGUCAGUAUGCUAUACCAAUGUCCGGUUUCGGCUGCCCGGAAAUGGACAGAUUUGGUUGGACUCGUGGCUAUGUUAACCUGACACUUCCGCAAGCGUCAAGAAAACAACUCUGGAAUGACGAUGAUCUUCUGACAAUAGAACCACAUAUAAUGGGUCCAUUUCAUACACACGUCAUGAUGAUCAAUUUCUGCUUGAAACAAAACACUUCCAUGAUUAAUUCAGCUGGGAGCAGUUGGCCUGCUGGAGAUUAUUGUAUCUACAAGUCCGGUGACGAAUGUCCCUUAGAUUUUGUGGACGGCUCUAUCACGAUAAACGGAUACACGUUCACAAAUGGAGACAUGGGUGGUAUACUGCCGUCUCUAAGUUACGGGGAAGGCAAUGACACAUUUCUGGAACUGCAUUACUGCUGUAGAAAUGACGGCCAUCUUGAUGACGAAAUCUCCCUACCCAGUGAAUUUCCAUUUGUACUGUUAAAGGGUUCAUCUGCAAAGGCUUGUCAAAACGUAAGUGAAAUGGAUGUCAUGGAAGAAGUGUUCUACAUGACGAACGAACACGAUAACUGGGAGUUUUCUGGUCACUAUACCAACGUCACCCGCAAAGACAGGCAUGUCGGGGUACCAUACUGCUACUACAAACCCAAAGCACGACGUGAGUGUUAUUAUCCUAAUGACCAUGGCGCUUCUUACAAUGGGCGUCAUAAUACUUCGGCCAGUGGUAAAAGCUGCGUCCGGUGGUCGGAAUUACCGGACGACCCAUACGCCACUACCAGGUAUUGGGUCUACGAACGGGAGGAGAACUACUGUGGUACAGUUGACUAUACGCCUGAGGAAAAACAACCAAUGUGCUUCGUAGGCAUGGAGACCAGGGAGAAGUGUGACGUACCGAUAUGUGUCGAAGAUCCAGAUUUGGAAGUUAUUGAAAGCGGGAAACCAGCGUACUCUUUCAAGUAUUAUGCAACAAAUGAUCCAUUUCUCGCGACUGAUGGAAUCAUAGGUGACGUCUCCUUUGUGACAACUAGGCCUCAGUUGAAGCCAUUUUUACAAGUAGACAUCCAAGAAUGGUACGAGGUCCAUGCUAUACUUAUUCACCGCAAGAACCAAUGGUUUCCUGUUAACUGUCGACAACUUGGGUCCUUCGUGAGUAAGAACCAAUGGGAUUUCCUGGACUACGGGGCCACGCGGUGCGACGACAUCAGGUUCACUACCAAGAACAAAGUGUUCCGUCUCCAGUGCAUGCGUCCGAUCGUCGGACGAUACAUCACCAUAAGAAAUUUUGACUCAACUGACACUUUCUAUAACGCAGGGAAGUUCUACUUCUUAGAAAUAAAUGAGAUGCAAAUCAUUGGUAAAAAGACAGGGCGUGGACAACAUAUGGGGUUGAUGUCCGGAGAUGUGUUUGACUACCAGAUCGAUUCCUCAUCCAACAUUGCCGAAGAUAUCAUGUCUGACGACGGGAGACUGGAACUUCCAGGGAGAGGAUGGUGCCCGGCUGUCGGUGAUACUAGCCCCUGGUUUAGGGUGGAUUUUAUUAUUCCGGUCGUUGUACAAGGGCUGCGUAUCCAGGGUUGGCAGGAAGGCAACACAAGAAAACUCACAAAACAAUUCACCGUCAAGUAUGGAAACGAUUUGAGCAACCUCACGACAUAUUAUGAUCCUCCUGGAAUCAUUAAGGUCUUUGAAACGUUUGACCACUAUGAAAGCUCAGCAAUUCAGGAUUUUAACUUAAAUCAUGAAGUUAUGACUCGGUUUAUUCACCUAGAUAUACUAGGAACACAAAAUGACGCUUGCCUGAAGCUUGAAGUAAUUGGAUGCCCAAAACGAAGUUUGCGUGCAAUACGGUGUGAGAAUGGUAGCUUGGAUUUUGGUUUCGAAGAACUGAAAUAUCAUUCCUGGUGGGCAGUGUUUCCCCCUGAAAAUGUAAUAUCGAAUGUAUCGCUAGAGGAAUGCCGUCAGCUAGUUGUUGACAAGGGCUAUAAUAGUUACAGCUAUGACGCUAGAACCAUAAUUUGUAUCGUACACGUUGGCCACCGUUACUACAGGUCGUUUACUUCAUCUUGGGUCAGAGACAGCAUGUAUACUAACCUUGCUGGAAACCGUCUUUGUUUCCAAGAUAUAACAGAUAUGUCACAAUGUGGCGAGGAUAUAUAUUUGGCUCCGGGGGAGGGUGUUCGCCAUCUCCGUUCUCCUUCGUUUCCCCUGAGUUAUGGUCAACACAUUAAUUGUGCUUGGGUUAUAAAGGCAUCACCGGGAAAAUUCAUCAAGUUGGAGGCCGUAUAUAUUUCACUUGGAAGCAAAGUGAAGUGGAAUGAUAUUGUCAAGGCUGGGGACACUACAGAAGAUGUUAUUGUGUGCAGUGAUGAGAUUAAGAUUUAUCGUACUCUAGACGCACAUAUCACCAUUUCCCACGCGACAAAGACUGCAACAGUACAACAGUUUCAGAAGUCUACCAUUUUUUCCUCCUCCUCAACUUUACACGUCGAGGUCAACUCCUGCUUCUUAUACUCGAAGUCUAAAGAACGCAAUUUUGAGUUUGCAGUCGAAGAAAGCGAUGUGUCCGGAUGUGGACUGGAGUCGGGCCAGUGUAUAAUCACGUGUACUCUACAGUCGGCCUACAUCGGUACCCCCGGGUUUCCGGCCGAUAUUUCAAUGGCGGACACUUGCAGCUGGACAAUCCAUGGAACUUUCGGAAACUUCGUUCGUUUACACAUACUCAACCUUGACAUUGUCGACAGCAACCGAUCGUGCGUAAAAUCCUUCAUAGCAGUUUACGAUGUGACGCUGGAUGGAGAAUUAUCACUUUUAUCAAAGAUGUGCUCUGCAGAUCGGGAAUACAAUGUUCUUGUAUCAAGUUGGCAUACCAUGCAGAUAGAGUUUCGAGCUGGUGACGGAAGUGGCAAGGGAUUCUUCGGAAAAUAUGAGUUAGUUGAUUCCGCUCAAACGGAAAUUAAUAUAACAGAUGAAGGUUGUUUGCCAGGAUGGACACGGUUGGCAGCAAGUUGCUAUAAUCUGUUUACAGAGAUUAACAAUCAUAGCAAUAGCGCCAGACAUGGAGUGUCCUGGAUACAGAGUCGGGACCACUGUGCGGCUAAGGGAGGUUAUCUCGUCAGCAUAGGAUCCGUAGAGGAAAUGACCUAUAUUCACUACCUGAUGACAAAAGUCUGGGGCGGUGUGGACAACGGAGAGGCUUAUAUAGGUCUUCAAAAAAUAUUCGAUGACGAGGACGUGAAGUACGAAUGGCUUGACGGGACGCCGUUAACAUAUACAGCUUGGUUUAAAGAUCCCAGGACCUCAACGUCACAACCAGAUGGCCUAGCCAGUGAGCGAUGUACCGUAAUUCGUCUCUUUAGUAUAAAUUCUCUUGACAACUGGCAUGACAUUGCCUGUGCUUAUGAUCGCAUACCAAGCUACAUUUGUGAGAUGAGUUCUUCCACAGAUAGUAACGAAACUAAUCGACAAGACAUAUUUCCGGCUACUACCGCAACUAGCAUCACUAACAGCUCCGGUUUUCACUGUAAUAAUGGAGAGGACAUUUCACGACAGUUUGUGUGUGAUGGUAAAGGAGAUUGCCGUGACAGCAGUGAUGAACAUGGGUGUGGAGUAAGCAACACGACUUGCGCGCCGCACCAGUUCCGGUGUAAUGACGGGAAGUGUAUCUCUCUGAGUCUGUUCUGUGAUUUCAUCCCUCACUGCCAGGAUAAAUCCGACGAGACAAACUGUGUUCACCAUGAGUGUGAACCAGGUGAAUUUCGCUGUAAAAAUGGCCACUGUCUACCGGAGCACAUGGUGUGUGAUCUAAAGGAGGACUGUAAGGAUGGAUCAGAUGAAGAUAAAGACGACUGCGAAACUUGUAGAGCUGAGAACUUCUUGUGUUACGACCAGACGUGUAUUCGUGGAAGCCGACAAUGUGACGGAAACAUCGAUUGUGGCGGACGGUUUUCAGAAGACGAAAGUCAGCAAUGCGAAAGACAGCAACAUUCGUCGUGCACAGAUCUUCUGAGUCUAGGGAUAGCGACUAACGGAGAGUACCUUGUUACUUUAGGGACAGAAACGACUGUCAGAGUAGAGUGCACGUUUUCGACAUCAAACGACAAGACAUCAGUAAAGACUAUCGUUCACCACGACCAUGAAGAAUGGCGUAUUGGAGUAGUCAACAACAUUGAUGACGUCAUCGAAUACAGAAUUCCUAUGAGUCAUAUUGACAUUUUGAAAAAACAAUACAGAUGCUCUCAGAAAAUAAGACUUAAAUGUCACAUGAGUCCUGCAGUGAUCAAUCAGUGGCAAGGUGGCAAUGGUGUUUGGCACGAUUCAAUAAACGAAGGACAAUUGAACGGCACCUGUUCCUGUCCGAUGUUUCAUAAAUGUGACACACAACUAGACAGGUGUAACUGUACCACGGAAUUCUACGACUGGUACGUGGUAGGUGUCAAUGACGUGUUCGAGGACUCGGGGGAUAUAGCGGUGCAAGACGACCUCCCAAUUAUUGGCAUUGCUGCAGGAUUGGCUGGGGGAAUAUACAGCUACCUUGGGUUCAAAGUUGAUCCUUUAGUCUGUGAAAACGACGAAAUCGGUGAAUCUGCGAGGUUUCUAUGUCGGAGCGGAAUAUCAGUGGACAAAUCAGUGUAUUGUUUAAUGGACUAUGAUGAGUACGGCGAAAUCAAAGGCUGCAGAGAUCUGUCUCAUUUGGAUUACUGUUCGGAUUUUGAAUGUCCCCCUGACUUUGCAAAAUGUAGCAACAGCUAUUGUAUUCCUGUCCGGUUUCUAUGCGAUGAUGAAAAACAUUGUUCAAACGGGGAGGAUGAAGACAUGUGUGAUCGAACGUGUGUUGGCCUUUUCCGAUGUCACAAGAGUGACGUAUGUCUUGGUCAAGUCCAGGUGUGUGACGGGAUACCGAAUUGUCCAGAAGGCGACGACGAGGAUUUGUGUAACGUCACAUGUCCGUCAGGUUGUACAUGUAACGAACUGACCGCUGAAUGCAAUAACAUAACGGUGGCAUCAAACGAUACAUUUGCUGUGUUUUCAAACAUACGAAAACUGUCUUUUAAAGCGUCAGAUUUCUCUUUGGGAAUUCCGAAACUGAAAACCUAUGUAUUAGCAGAGUUAAAUCUUUCUCGUAACUCAAUCAAGCACCUCACACCGGAAAAUUUCGAAAAUCUCAACAAUAUAUAUACGUUAGAUUUAAGCCAUAAUGCUCUUACAAGCAUUGUGGCAGAAACUUUUCACAAUCUGAGGAAUCUCCGAACCCUUCACCUACACGGUAAUACCGCAUUGCGUUUUAUUCAUCCCGACGCCUUUGCAGGACUGUCAGUAUUACCAUCGCUGAUAAUCCAUCAGACGUUGAUUAAAAAGAUAGCUAGUAAGACUUUUGUUGGUUUAGAUCAGAUAACAGUCCUUAAUUUGACUCAAAACAGAAUCACACAAGUUGAAGAUUUUGCGUUUGCAUCCCUUAAAGAACUCUCUGUUCUGGAUAUACGCAGCAACAAUAUCCAGGAAUUUUCUGACGGCAUUUUCAAUGGACUCACCAAUUUGAAGGAAUUGUAUACUGACGCAUACAUGUUCUGCUGUGUUAAACCAGAAACUGUCACAGACAAAAACUGCCAUCCCUACCAAGAUGAAUUUUCCUCGUGUUCCGAUCUGAUGCGAGAAGACCAUCUUAGAUCGUUCUUAUGGAUCAUAGGAUGCCUUUCCCUGCUCGGUAACGCCGGAGUAAUCAUAUAUAAGGUGAUUUAUGAUCGUAGAAGUCUGAAAAAAGGUCAUGGAAUUUUCAUAAUGAAUCUUGGAUGUGCUGACUUCUUAAUGGGUGUUUACAUGUUAAUUAUAGCUAUCGCUGAUACCAUGUUUCGGGGUAGGUACAUCUGGAAUGAUAUAUACUGGCGUAACAGUAUCAUCUGCAAAUUUGCUGGCGUCCUGGCAACUGUGUCCAGCGAAGCGUCUGUUAUGUUUUUGUUACUGAUAACUAUAGAUCGCUUUGUGUCGGUGAAAUUCGUAUUCGGACAAAUCCAAUUCACCAAGAGGAAAGCAAUGUUUACUUGCAUGGGCGUUUGGCUUAUCACGUGGUCUAUUGCAGUUCUUCCGUUAUUCCCUAUAAAAUAUUUCAAAGGUCAAUUUUAUUCGAGGUCCGCUGUUUGUUUGGCCUUACCUCUUACUCGUGAAUGGCCUGCCGGAUGGGAGUAUGGAACCGCAAUUUUUAUUUUCGUUAACUUCAUUAUUUUUAUAAGCAUAGCCAUUGGACAAGUACUGAUUUACAAGGAAGUAUCUAGCACGCACGAACUGAUUAAAUCACAGAGACGCUCCCAGGACGCAGCCAUAGCAAGGAGUCUGUUUUUAGUGGUUUUCUCGGACUUCCUGUGUUGGUUUCCCCUUGGAAUAAUGGGCUUAAUGGCGUUAUCUGGACAUCACAUCCCACCAGCGGUGUACGCCUGGGCCGCCGUGUUUGUUCUACCAAUCAACUCUGCACUAAAUCCAAUUCUAUACACAUUCUCCGCCAUUAUAAGGCAGAGGAAAAACAGUCGCUAUCGUGCGAGUACAAAAACAGCAAUUUCUCGACUCUCAACAUCAACUUCAACACCGGAGUCAAUAUGGAGCGAUAUUUGUAACAGUGACAAGUUUAUUAUCGGAGCUGAAUUGCCCUGUCAUUUGACCCUCAAAGAAUACACAAAAGAGGGUGCACCAGACGUGGGAGAGAUUUACAAGAUUGUAACUGACCUAGCGGGACAUCUGGACUUUCUCCAUAGACGUAAACUUCUCCAUGGUUCUGUAUCCGAUGAAAUGGUCAUAGUAACUAGGGAUAAAAAUAAGAAGUUGAGAGCUUACAGCAGACUGGACCCAAGCGUAGUCGAUGAAGAGGCACCAUAUGGAUACCCCGACAUAGAGGCAAUGGGUAGAGUGGUAAUUAAGCUUCUACGCUGGAAUCAGAGGACAUCCGGGUCUCGCCGCAAAACACGCAAAAUAUAAUAUAUAUCUUAAAUGACAUGGAAAGAACGAUAAAUCCGGCAAACGCCGGUGUAUACAAUCCUGUUUUUUGACAAAAGUAAAUGUUGUAAAGUUUUCCAGGGAAUUGUGUGUAAAUAAGCGUUAUUGUGCACUGUGCAAAGAAGGAUGCUUACUUUUUAAAAAGAGUAAGUCAUUGACGAUAUAAUUGCGAUGUAAAUCCUUCAUCAUGAAUGUUGUAUACAUACCUCAACAGACGUUUAAGCUAUGUUCUGUGACAAUCGCAUUGUUUCAUUGUCCACUAUUUGUUGUGAAACGUGUACGUUUCUGCUUUUAAAGUCACUGUUCUUCUGUCCCAGUUACUGUUAGUCCGAUCAAUCAAGACGCUGUACAAAAGGAAACGAUUGUGAAGUGAUGUUAUGUUCACAAACUCUAUCGCGUCAUCGAUUUUAAUAUCAUCUUGAGUUUUUGUUUUCGCUACACUAAAUUCCACAGCUCCAUCGCAUGUGUAACAAUUGAAAAAGUACAAAAUGAAAGUUUCGUAUAAUAGAGAAUAUCUCAUAGGACGUAUACACUGCCUCUCUGUAAUUCCUAUCGGGGAAAAAAAUAAAAACCUUCAUUACUUCUAUAUAUAACUUGCUCGAAGAACGUGCCUGUUUUGCAUUCCAUUAACUUUCUUAAGUAUUUGUAAUAUUGCCAACACUGUUAGGGUCACAAAUCAUCAUAAUCAUCAUCAUCAUCAUCGUCGUCGUUGUCGUCCAUUAACAUGGGACUUUGCAGCUUAAAGAAAACUAAUGUUGGAUGUUUUCCCUUGAAUAUCACCUUUUCUAUUUUUGGAAUAAAAGUGCUUCUUUAAUUUGAUUUGAAAGUUUAUAGAUAAUGAAUUUCUGUACAAUUGAAAUACAUGUUAAUAUUAUGUAAGAAUUUUGGUUUUGCUGAUAUCAUAUUUGGAAUCAUUUAUAAAGUGUGAUGUUUUUUGUUAAUAAAA